AUGGCAGGGGAUGACGGCGAGGCAAAGGUGGUACGGGGCGCCUCGCUUCUGAUCCUGCUGCAGGUCUUCUCGCGCGCCGUCACCUUCAUCGCCAACCAGCUCCUCCUGCGCUUCAUGACGGCGUCCCUCCUCGGCGUCUCCACCCAGCUCGAGGUGUACUACCUGUCCGUCCUCUUCUUCGCGCGCGAGAGCCUGCGUGUGGCCAUCCAGCGCCAGGGACCCUUGACAUCUGAUUCGGCACCGGUCACCAAGGACGCAAAGCCCAAGCAAGGCGAUGGCAAGCAGGACGCUCGGGCUCAGGAGACCCAGGCCGUGGUGAACCUGGGCUACGUCGCCAUCAUACUGGGCCUCGCCGUCGCGGCGCUGCUGGGGUGGAUGUACCUCGGAUCCAUCCCCGCCGCCACUCUCCUCAGCACCCCCUACCUGGUCCCCUCGGUCUACAUCUACGCGCUCGCCUCGGUCCUGGAGCUGCUGUCCGAGCCGGCCUUUGUGGUGAUGCAGGUUCGUCUGCAGUUCGGGGCGCGUGCCUCAGCCGAGGGCGUCGCCACCUUUGGGAAGUGCGCGGUCACCCUCGCCGCGGCGGUCUGGGCAUCCCGGAACGGCGUCGAGCUGGGCGUGCUGCCCUUUGCGCUGGGCCAGGUCGCCUACGGAUCCGGCUUGCUCGUGACAUACACCUGGUACGGCACAGGGCUUGCACACAGGGAGGGCUUCUCUCUUCUCCCGAAGCAGUUGGGCCAGGGGAGGGAAUACAUACUGUCCUACUUCUAUCAGCCGACUGUCAAGCUCGCGUCGUCCAUGAUGGUGCAGAGCUUUGUCAAGCACAUCCUGACACAGGGCGACACAUUCCUCGUCAGCGCCCUGUCCACUCCCACCGCACAGGGAGUCUACGCGCUGGCGAACAACUACGGCGGCCUCGCGGCGCGGUUGGUCUUCCAGCCCGUAGAGGAGAGCAGCCGGAACUACUACAGCCGCCUGCUGUCCAGCGACGGCGAGCCCUCGCCAUCGGCACCAACCGCGGAGAAGCAAACAGCAGAAAAGGAUGAUGUCACCAGCGGGCCGCGCCCAUCCAAGACAGCACUGGCCCAGGCCUCCGAGAACCUCACCAGCCUGCUGCGGUUCUACACCUUCGCCUCGGUGCCCUUGCUGGCCCUCGGCCCCACGGCGGCGCCCCUCGUCCUGUCGCUGAUAGCCGGCCCCCGGUGGACGGCCUCGGGCGCGGGGGAGGCCCUCGCCGCGUACGUCUACUACAUCCCUCUGCUGGCCAUCAACGGGCUCGCCGAGGGCUUUGUGGCGUCCGUCGCCACCGAGGCCCAGGUGCACCUGCAGUCGGCGUGGAUGACGGCAUUCUCGGUCCUGUUCGGGGUUAGCGGUUACGUGUUCCUCAGCGUGCUCGACUGGGGCGCCGUGGGGCUCGUCUGGGCCAACGGGAUCAACAUGGCCGGGCGCAUCGUCUGGGCCCUGUGGUUCAUCAAGCGCUACUUCGCGCAGAGGGGCGCGCGGUGGGAGGUCACGGCCCUCUUGCCCAAUCCGCUGGCGGUGCUGGCGGCUGCGGUUGCGAGCCAGGUCGUGAGGAGGGUUGUGAAGUCAGAAAUCGCUGGUACGGGUGUGAAGGCUGUUCUAGGGGAGCUGGUCAAGGUCGCGGGCACCGCGGUGCCUUUCAUUGGUGUCUUGGCAUUCGCCGAGCGCCGGUUCCUCAUCCAGUGUUACCAAGCUGUCCGGGGCAGCAGACCCCAAGCUUCAAAAUAG